UGACGCGAAAAUGUUCUGCUUGUUUUACACAUGCAGUACUAAUCUAAAGCAUUAAAAAUACAAUCAAAAAUAACCACAAGCUGUUAAGCUGUAUAGAUUUACACUGAAGAGGGUGGGUGAUAAAAGUACACUGUAGACAGUCAUGCUUUGGUUUCCUGUGCCUGUCUCUUUGAAACAGGAAACUACGCUGUCUGAGCAAAAACCAGCAUGUUACAUACCCUCUGUAGUCUGAGAGAAGCAGCACAAGCAGGAGGUUUCAUCGCGUUUUUGGUCUGCACUUUCUGCAUGUGGAUAUCAAACGAAGUCCAUAAACGGCUUGGAGACAAACUGUAAUGCUUCGUUUUUGAGAACCAACCUACGCUUCUUUUGAUAUGACCAAGAAAAAUACCAACCUGCCAUGAUGAAUGUGACAAACGAUGACUGCAACAUCCAAACCCAAGAGUACGAGUAUCAUCUUUUCCCGGCCGUCUACAUCCUCGCCUUGCUUGUGGGUUUGCCGGGUAACCUGGCAGCCCUUUACGUCUUCACCUUUAAGAUCACUCCCCGCACGGCCUUCAGUAUCUACAUCAGCAACCUGGCGGUGGCGGACAUUGUCAUCCUCUGCGUUCUUCCCUUUCGGAUCCACUACCACAUAAACAGGAACAACUGGGAGUUCGGGGACUUCACCUGCCGCCUCACAGGGAUUCUCUACUACUCCAACAUUUACAUGAGUAUCUGCUUCAUGACCUGUAUCUGCGUGGACCGCUAUAUGGCCACGGUCCACCCACACAAUUACCUGAGGAUGCGGAGCCCCUGGUGCGCACUGGUUGCGAGUGUGGUGCUCUGGUGCGUUGCCGGAGUGGCCAUCCUGGUCUUCAUACUCAUGGGGCCUCUGAAAACCAACUCAGACAAUUCUGAACACCACAGUUGUUUUGAAAAUUUCGCCAAGAUAGAAUGGGACACUCGUCUGGGGCCAUACAGCAUACUGGGCCUCAUCUUUGGCUCCUUGAUGCCCUCCAUAAUCAUCCUAGUGUGUUACCCGCUGGCUGCAAGGCGCAUUUCCAUGAUCCGAACUAGAACAGCCCAAAAAGCUGUGAGGGUCAUCUACACCAUCCUAGUUAUCAUGCUGCUCUGCUUCCUGCCUAACCACAUUGUGUACUUGCUGCACCUACUUUACCGCUGGGAGAUGAUCCAAAACUGCUCCUUUGGUAGAGCCAUCUACAACGCCCGGAGGAUCACCAUGGCGCUCAUCACCCUCAAUACAUGUCUUGACCCUGUGCUCUACUAUGUCACCACCAGCCACUGCCACUGGGAGCGAUUAAAGAUGACAUGGCUGUGGGGAGCGGUGAGCCGGAGGAGGGGGGUUUAUACCAUCGCAGUGAACUGAGGACGGGGGCAACAACACACUUACUGUAAAUACAGCUGUAAAUAAAUAAGACUCUAUAUAAGCUUCAUUAUCACUGGACAUGUAACUGGAGGACUUUUCUAUAAAAGUGUUUAUUUGUACAUCAAAAUAAAGGGAUAAAACAGAA